AAGGGGAGCCGGGAUCCGAGUCCCACGGAGGGCCGGUGGGAGCGAGGCCCCGCCCCCUCCUCGGGCUCCGCCCCGCGCCCCCUUCCCUCUCCCCAUUGUCCUCAGACAAAGCGGUCACCGCCCCCCGCCCGGCCCCCAGGUUUCUGUCUCCGUCCCUCCUCCUCGGCUCCCUCUUUCACUCCUCCUCCUCCCCCUCUUCCCCUCCCUCCUGUCUCCGGAUCUCCCUCGAUCCCUCUCUCCUCCUCUUCCUCUCGCCUCUCUCCGGACGCCAGGCUUCUCCGCACCCCCUCCCCUGGGAGCCCCGCUGCGUGUGAGUUGACAGAGGCGCUUCGGACUUGCUCCCCUGUCCUUCUCUGUGUCCCACUUCCCCCUUCACUUCCUCCCCCCCCACCCCCAGUCUCACCCCCUGAGCCGUCUGGAGCCUCUCCUUCCUGUUCUCUGCCCCCAGUGCUCCCCACCCUCACCUCCAGGAGACCAUGGCCACCAUCCCGGACUGGAAACUACAGCUGCUAGCCCGGCGCCGGCAGGAGGAGGCAGCAGUUCGGGGCAGGGAGAAGGCGGAGCGGGAGCGCCUAUCCCAGAUGCCAGCCUGGAAGCGGGGGCUCCUGGAACGCCGUCGGGCUAAGCUUGGUCUGUCUCCUGGGGAAUCGAGUCCUGUCUCUGGGAAUGCAGAGGCUGGACCUCCAGACCCAGACAAGUCUGCCGUCCUGCUGGAGGCCAUCGGGCCAGUGCACCAGAACCGAUUCAUUCGGCUGGAGCGGCAGCAGCAGCAGCAGCAGCAGCAGCAGCAGCAGCAGCGGAGUGAAGAGCUUACAGAGAGAAGGCCUGGGCCCUUAGAGGCCCGGGAGUGGAGAACCAGUCCUGGGAACAUGCGGGAUCCAAGCCCCAAGGGAAAAGAGUCGAGGGAAGAGCGGCUCAGUCCCAGGGAAGCCAGAGAGAGGAGGCUGGGCAUAGGGGGAACCCAGGAACCGAGCCCCAGGCCUUCAGAAGCUCAGGAGUGGGGACAGGGCCCAGCAGAGGCUGCAGACAGGAUCUCCAUGCUGUCAGAAGCACGGAAAUGGAGGCUGAGCCCCGGAGAAACGCCAGAGCGGAAUCUGGGACUGGCAGAGCCUCGAGAACAAAGCCCCAGGAGAAAAGAGGUGGUGGAAAGUAGACUGAGCCCAGCAGAGUCUGACAACCAGAAGUUGGACCUGACAGAGGCCCAUAAAUGGAGGCCUGACUCCAGAGAGUCUCAGGAACAAAGUUCGAUACAACCAGAGACAUCAGAAUGGAAGCUGAGCUCAGGAGAAGAAAGAAAAGACUGCUCAGAGGAAUGUGGGAGGAAAGAGAGGCCAGUUCCAAGGACGGCCCCAGAAGAGAGUCCAGGGCUGUCAGAGACGCUGACCAGGGGCACUCCAGAAACCAGCUCUGGAGGAGUGCAGGCCGCAGAGCAGAGGCCCAGCCCCAUGGAGGAUGGUGAGAGGGGCUUGAGGCUGGCAGAAGGGUGGAAAUGGACCGUGCACUCUGGGAAGGUUCGAGAAUGGACACCCAGGGACACAGAGACUCAAACUCAGAGGCCAGACCCUCCAGAGUCUGCUGAGAAGCACCUGAGGCCUCUUGGUGCAAAGGCUGGAGAAGGGGAGGCUGAAAAGGAGGAGGCGGAGGCUCCGGGCAGGUCUCUGAGCACCCUGCAGAACCUCCGUUUUGUGCCCUCCCCCCUUCCACCAGAGGACGCUGGGACUAGAGGCUCUAGACAGCAGGAAGAGGAAGCAGUGGAACUCUGGCCCCCACCCACAGCCCCUCUGUCUCCCCCACCCCCAGCCCCACCUGCUCCCCAGUCCCCUGGGGAUCCCCUCAUGAGCCGCCUGUUUUAUGGGGUGAAGGCAGGGCCAGGGGUGGGGGCCCCCCGCCGCAGUGGACACACCUUCACAGUCAACCCCAGGAGGUCCGUGCCCCCUGCAGCCCCUGCCACGGCAGCCACAGCUGACACUGCAGUCCCUGGGGCUGGGAAGAAGCGGUACCCGACUGCUGAGGAGAUCUUGGUUCUGGGGGGCUACCUCCGCCUCAGCCGCAGCUGCCUUGUCAAGGGGUCCCCUGAAAGGCACCACAAACAGCUCAAGAUCUCCUUCAGCGAGACAGCCCUAGAGACUACUUAUCAAUACCCCUCCGAGAGCUCGGUGCUGGAGGAGCUGGGCCCGGAGCCUGAGACCCCCAGUGUCCCCAGUUCCUCAGUGGACCAACCCGACGACGAAGAGGAUGAGGAAGAGCUGCUACUGCAGCGCGAGCUCCAGGGCGGGCUGCGCACCAAGGCCCUGAUCGUGGAUGAGUCCUGCCGGAGGUGACCCCCUUCCAACACAGGCAUAUACCUCCCUCCUUCCCAGAACUGAAGAUCCUGGAGCCCAGAUGGUUCAGAACAGACAACCCUGAAAAUGAGCCUGGCAGGGAAACUCAAUCAACAUCUUCCAACUUGCUUUCCUCAUCCUAUUUCUGGGGGCAGACCCAACUGCCUAAAUCCACCCUCACCCAAGGUCCCUGGUGUGAAUGCAUCAGGCAUGCUCAAGCAUCCUAGGUGAGCCAAGAGUGAGCUCCAAGUCCCAGGGAGCACAGAGCUUCCUGAGGUGCAGAUGGAGCACCCCCUCCACCUCCUUGGGCCCAGCACACUCUCCCUACAGCCUUCCUUGAAUUCCCCCCACCCCAGGGCUCUCAAGAUUUAAGCACUCCUGUCCCUGGGAGGCCUGGCCCCCACUCCUCUUACAGGCUCCUCUCCCUGCUGCUCCUUAGGUCACUGCCCCUUUGUUUACAGCUCCCAGCCCCCCACCCCCCAAAGUCCCAGGUUUACAAGCUAGGUUUACUAUUUGCCUUGCUAAGUCCAUAUGGAGUCCUGUCCCCUAUCCCUUGCAGUCGGCUCAUUGGGAGUGACCUGGGGCUGUGGCUUCCUCCACUUUUGCUCAGUAUUACUGUGCCUCAGUUUUUCCCCAAAAGGGAAGGCUGGGAAUAUUAACUCUGUACCCCCAUCUGGUUAUUUAAUUCUGUUCCUCCUAUUCAGUUCACAAAUGAAUUGAAUUGCAAGGGUGCAGGGUGACUAAUAAGGCACCUCAAUUUUCCCUCAUUCUUCCUUGUCAAUUGCCUGUUGUUGUUUUUUUUUAAGACGAAAACAAUUUUCCAUAAUAAAAUGUAGCCUUAAAGACUUU